AUGGAGAAGGAUAAUAGCAAUAAGAAGAGUCUCUCUGAACAGCUCAAGUACACGAAUGCCCCGGUCUUCUCCACCGCCAUUUUCGCCUUCAUAAUGCUGCUUGUUAUGGUGGGAACAAUGCUCUCAAACAUGUCUCUAGAGUCAACUUUCUUCUGGACAACACCCACCUCUGAGGUAAUCACAAUGGAGAGAAAACCAUUGGCUCCUCCUAAGAACAGUUCAAGCAGAUAGAGCUGUCAAAUGGUCUGUCC